CCGUUCCAAGGCAACAAAUGAUUGAGGUGGUACAGCCAAAGUCAUUGAGCAUGUAGGGCGGGUAUAUUACAUAUGGCAAAGCGUGGAGGAAUAAAACAGAGUUUUGUGUUGACCGGCCAACUUCUGUCGGAGCUCGGAGGGAUUGAACUUUGGCAAUGAGCGCAGCUGAUAUGGCGCGCGAAUGUGGGUUUUUGUGAACCCCAAAAUGUCAGGACAAGCUAUAAAAACCCCACACUUAUUUGACAAGCCCUCCUCUCUUAUUAAAGGCAUUUUACAUUUUUGAAAUCCUCCUAUCAAUAGCAUGGUCGUCAAGUGGGAUCAAAAAGCAGCUCUUGCCUCUAUCAAGGAGACCUUCACAGGCAAAGACGAUAUCUUGAAGCAAUCUUUCGAACGAUUGGUUCCAGCCAUGGAGAAAAAGAGAGAGGAAAUCAAAGCGGCUGGUCCCAAUUAUAUCCCUACUUGCGAAUUCCAAGACGUGAUUGACAACAACGGUCGCAUUCCCGACGACGUUGUCAAGCGAGUGCGUGACACCGGCUGCCUUGUCAUUAAGAAUGUCAUUGACGACGAGGAAGUCCUUCAAUACAAAAAAGAGAUUCAAGAAUAUUGGUAUAGCAAUGAGGAACGUACGGGGAAGAAGGUGCGUUCUAUUCAAAACGCAAAAGCUCUGGUCAAGAUGAGACAGCACCCCAACCUUGUCAAGGCAAUGAUUGCUGCCAACUACUUGUGGCAUGAUCCUUCUGGAAAGGCUGAUUGGGUUCCCGACAAGCCUAUGAUGUACAAUGAUGGAUGCCGUAUCCGACUCCCUGGUAACCCAGGAGGCAUGGAUGCCCAUGUGGAUUCAGGUGGUAUUGAUCGAUGGUUCCUUGAUGAUUAUCGUCAGAUCUACGACAAGGUUUGGGAAGGAAAAUGGGAAGAACAUGAUCCAUUCAUCGCCACCCAGCGUGUCGAACUUGAUCAAGCAUCCAACCAAUUGUUCAGAGCUUUCCAAGGAUGGGUUUCGAUGAGCGAAGCUGGCCAAGAAAAGGGUACCAUCCGCCUAUGCCCUACUAUCAGAGAACAAACCGCAUAUUAUCUCCUCAAACCAUUGGUCGACCCUGAGAUCACCGAUAAGAGAUGGCCAUAUCUCCAAAGUAUGGGUCUCAGAGAAGAGCUUUACCCUCUUAUCAAUGAAUGUCUGGUUACCAUUCCUGACGUUCAACCCGGUGACUACGUGCUUUGGCAUUGUGACUUAUCCCAUAGUGUCGAAUAUACACACAAUGGUGAAAAGGACUCUUCCGUAGCUUACAUCCCCGCUGCUCCUAUGUGCUCUCUCAACGCUAAAUACCUUGUAGCUCAACGUAGAACGUUCUUAGAAGGCUCUAGCUGUCCUGAUUUCCAAUUCCGUCAUGAGGACCCUACCUUCGAACCUCUGUUUGAGAACCGAGCAAGUGAAGAGGAUUUGACGGAAGUCGGUAAACAGUUGAUGGGCUUCGCUCCUUAUACCGCUGACGACAACGAUGAUGAAAGAACGAAAGACGUCGUUGCAAAAUGCAAUGCCAUUUUGGGAUUCUAAUCAUCUUGUAUCUAUACAUGGUUCUUGGCCAUACCACACAGUUAUCAUAAUAAAUAUCAUGAAUUUUUUCCUUUGU